CCCCGCUCCGCAGCGCAGCGCAUGGAGCCCGGCGGGGACCACCGGAGCCGGAGCGGCGGCGGCAGGGGCGGCCCCGGGCCCGCAGUGACCUCGGCACGGGGCCGACGGCUGCCGCCCACCGCAGCGAGCGGCGGCACGGAGCCCGAGGAGGACGACGGCGGACAAGCUCUUCAGCUGGAAGGGGGUGCCUUAGGGUCCUGGGGGAGUACCCCCCUACCCUCCUCCAGGGCCAGGGGACCAGCAUCUUCAGGCAGGAAAUACUCAGAUCAUUGUGAGGCUCGGGCCUCGAGGCCUGGAAAGAGUCGCAUCCCCGGCAGGGACCACCGGCGCUAUUACCACGACCACUGGCGGCUGGAGUACCUGAUGGACUUCAUCCCCUCCCGGCAUGGCAUGGUGUGUAUGGUGUGUGGCAGCUCCCUGGCCACCCUCAAGCUCAGCACCAUCAAGAGGCACAUUCGCCAGAAACACCCCUACUCCCUGCACUGGAGUCCCAGGGAGAAGGAAGUGAUCAGCAACAGCUGGGACGCCCAUCUGGGGCUGGGGGCCGGUGGUGAGGCUGAGAGCCUGGGGGCCCAGGGGGCAGAGGAGGAGGAGGAAGAAGAUGAAGAGGAGGAGGAGGGGGCCAACCUGCAAGCUUGCCCACCCAAGGGCUCAGGCAAAGCCCCAGCUGGUGGGGGCUGCCGGCGCCAGCGGCGAGGGGUCCGAGGGGGCUCAGUGGCACCUCGGCGCCGGCGCCUCGCAGCCUCCCGAAGGGCUGGGGGCAGCAGGGGGCUGGGGGCCCGGCGCCUGGAGCGGAGGCUGAAGGAGUCACUGCAGAACUGGUUCCGGGCUGAGUGUCUCAUGGACUACGACCCACGGGGGAAUCGGCUGGUGUGCAUGGCCUGCGGCCGGGCACUGCCCAGCCUGCACUUGGACGACAUCCGUGCUCACGUGCUGGAAGUGCACCCCAGCUCCCUAGGGCUCAGUGGCCCCCAGCGCAGUGCCCUGCUGCAGGCCUGGGGUGACCAGCCUGAGGCUCUGUCCGAGCUCACCCAGCCCUCACCAGACGAUGACCUCGUCCCCCAGGACCUGACCAGAAAGAGCCGGGACUCCGCCCCCGCUGCUGGAGCCCCCUCCUCUCAGGAUCUCAGCCCCCCAGACGUAAAGGAAGAGGCUGGCUGGGUGCCUGAGAGGCCCGGGCCGGCGGAGGAGGAGGAGGGCGAGGGCGAGGGCGAGAGGGAGGGCAUCCCGAACCGGCCUCGGAGGGGCCGAGACCAUCGCCGCCACUACCAGGAGCGCUGGCGGCUGGAGUACCUCAUGGAGCUGGACGGCUGCCGACGCGGCCUGGUGUGCAUGGUGUGCGGGGGCGCGCUGGCCUCGCUCAAGAUGAGCACCAUCAAGCGACACAUCCGCCAGCGCCACCCCGGCUCCAACAGCCUCAGCGGGCCAGUCAAAGCUCUCAUCGCCCAGGAGUGGAGCGAAAAGGCCGCACACCUGCUGGCCCUGGGGCUGCCCAGGCCGGAGUCGCCCAGCGUCCCUGUCGCCCCCAGCACAGCUUCAGCCUCUGAGGAGGGGGGAGGGGCAGAGGAGGCGGAGCCAGAGGAGGAGUGGUGGGGUGAGCCUGUGGAUGGGUCGGAGCAACUGGCAAGGGAGAGAGGGCAGGGCUCGGAGGGAAGGGUGGUGAGGAUGGAAGGCUGUAGAGAGACGGGAGGAUGGGACCUGAAGAGCAGUGGAGAACAGGGACUGGGCCUGAUUGAUGGCACUCGCUCCAAGGCAGCCCUUUGUUCUUCUCCAGGCGACGCGCCGCUGUCCCCUGGAGCUCCGUCGGAGAGACCCGCGGAGGAAGAGGACGACGAAGAUGACAGCCAGGAGCCCGGGGGGCUGGCCUUCCCACCGCUGCCACUGCCGCCACCUCCACCGCCACCUCCACCUCCGCCGCGCAGCCGGGAGCAGCGGCGCAACUACCAGCCGCGCUGGCGGGGCGAAUACUUGAUGGACUACGACGGCAGCCGGCGCGGGCUGGUGUGCAUGGUGUGCGGGGGCGCGCUGGCCACGCUCAAGGUGAGCACCAUCAAGCGACACAUUCUGCAGGUGCAUCCCUUCUCCAUGGACUUCACCCCGGAGGAGCGCCAGACCAUUUUAGAGGCCUAUGAGGAGGCAGCGCUGCGUUGCUACGGCCACGAGGGCUUUGGGCCACCCGCCCCGGCACCACGAGACAGCGGCGCGGAUCUCAAGCCUGGCGCGGUGUGUCGCGCGUAGCAGUCACCCUGCGCUGUCCUGGCCCUUGGGCUGAGAGACCUUGAUGUCAGGCCCGGGGAUUCCCCACCUCCCCGCUGGUCGGGCUAGGCUGGGGCCGGGGCCCGGGCCUGGGAUGGGGAUGGGAUGGCGCCGCUGCAGUCGUCCCGUGACACUUUGCUGUGCCAGCUAGUACUUGCGCCUCAGGCGCGCACUAGCCCGGGGGUCCAGGCACUCUUUGUGCGGUGCUCCCCGCUUCCCGAAAAGCCAAAGCGCCUCCCCAGUGUUCGCAGUGAGCACUCUUGGCUGUCCCUGAGGGCGCAGUGCUGCCAGGCCGGGGAAGGGGCGCAGCCAGUCAGUAUUAGGGUUGAAGGCAGGGCGCAAGGAAGCCAGGAAGGACGCGCUGGCCGCGCGCCCUGGCCAGUGGCCCAGUUCUGUGUGGCUUCACGCCAGCGGGCGCGGCUCUCGGCUCCCAGGCUGUGGGGUCCAAUUCUUGGCCUCUCGGAGGCCCAGGCGGUGAAUUGGGACUGAGCAGGGGGCGGGGCGGGGCCGGAACGGUGGGGCCCAGUCUGCUGGACCAAUUUCCCCGGCUGGCCUAGGACAGCGAGCGCACCCAUCCUGGGCCAGUGCCACGCCUUCGGGACCGGGGGCAUAAAGGGAUUAGCACUUUUUCUUUAGGCCCUCCUGUUCAGAGGGCUUCUGUUACCCACACGGUGAAGGCUGCGGGAAUACUCUUGGUCCAGUGCCAGUACCGUUCCACCUCAGGGCACUGGGGUGGUAGGGCUCUACUACUGCCCCCUCUGAACGUGAAUUGCCCUCGGUGGACACGCUACUGGUUCUCAGCUCCCUGGGCUUGGGGCCGGGUCUCUGCCUCCUUUUCUCUUGCCGGAAACAGCGCCAGGCCCCAUGGUGCCAAAAGGGCCCCUCAGUCUCCCAGGCAGGUCCGAGAGGGGUAUGUAGAUUUCAUUCUCCCGUGGAGAACAGGUGGUCCGAAGAUCAGGCCCUUUUUUGCUGUUUGUAUUUUAUUUUGAAACUGUAUUUAAUGCUUUUUAUAUGAAGGGGAGAGGGGAACUGGCCCAAUCACCCUUACGUGCAAAUGUCUUAUUUAUUAUGCGUGUAUCAGAGAUAAGCUGUGAGGUGGUGGAGGAAGAACUGAGAUGGGAGUGUGGUGAGGGGAUUGGGAUAUACUAGGUAUCUCCAUGUUCCCCUGGCCUUUUUGCCUCCAGGUCCAGUGUCUGCUCUUCACAAAGAGAAGUCGCUGCAGGCACUGUGCCCUCCCUUUAAAGUCAGGGUGCGGUGGUCAGGGCGUGGGGCCUGGGUUCUGGGGCCAGUGCAGCCCUUGUGGUGAGAAAACAAGAAAAGAAAUCCCUUCUCACCCUCCAGAGCCGGAGCUCAAGGUUCAAGUGCCUCAGGCCCAGUUCCCUAGAUCGAGAUGGAUUUUAUACCACGGAUUUUAUAACAUUUUUUAUAAUUCAAGAUUGUCAGUGGGAAGGGACCCUGGAGCUCACAAACUGAUUCCUUUCAAAUCUCAACUCCCAACUCCCAGUUCAGUGAGCUUUGCACUAUAUUGCCCUGCUUCCAAUCUGGCAAGUUACUAAGAUUUCUUUACCUAUUAGGCCUGUUAAAGUGGGUAUUGGGCACUGCAGGCCCACAGCACUUGUGUACUGCACUUACGGGAAUGAGGAUGCAGGCGGCUUUCAGCAGUGCAGGCUUGCCAGUCAGAACUCCAGGUGGGGCCCACUUUCCCUGCCGCUGAGGUUUCCCCAGCAGAAUUAGGCUGCUUAUCUGUGCUUGUUUUGAGGCCAUCAGGUAUUCUGGAACAGCUGCUGGCUCAGUGAAAUUCCAGUUUUGACCGGCCAGGGUUUUGGAGACAGUAUUAAAUCUUAAGAACAGAGACUAUGGAUAGUGCCAGGCUGUGCACUUACCCUUUUGCUUUCCACCUGCAUGUUUUACGCUGAGGGUGAUUAUUCUCGCCCACCUCUACAUAAAUUGGAGCCACAGAUUGUCGUGAUUGCCAGAGCUCACUGCAGAAGUUCAGGUUAGCUGGGGCAGAUUUCAGCAGUCUUCAGGGUAGCAUCAUUUUAGACGCUUGCUAGAGACACAUUCUUGGGCCCUCCUGAUAGGCCUUUCCCAUACAGUUGCAACUCCCAAGGUGGUUGUCAAGUACCUCUGCAGUGAUUCUGCCAUAAUGACCUAUGGCCUCAAGGGGCUGCUGGGUCUCCUCCCUCUAUUCUGACAUGAACAGGUGAAGUUCCUUCAUUGUUUUGUUAAUGAUAUGCUUGCUAUUAUGACCCAUAUGUAAAUGUUACUCUGGAUACAUAUUUAUAUGCCAUGUUACUUAGUGACACUAUUCAAACAUUUGUAUGUGUAUUUGUGAAGUUGUUUGCAUCAGUCAUAAAGUACCACCCCACCCCCCCCAACCCAGAGGUAUGUUGAAUAAAUCUAGAAUCCAGCCUUAUGAGUCACAGCCAACUUAGUUUGGGGGCAGAGCAAGUCAGAGGAGUUCUGAUGUCAGACCAGACAUGCAUGAAACCAGUUCAGUUUCAGCUUUCGGCUGCUUCCUGUGGCAAGUGGGGAACCUUCCUUCCCAUCCCCAGGCAGGUGCCUUUCACCCCAGUCACUUCUAAGGUCAUCCUUUACCGGGUCUCUAACUUCAUUUUGGAAAACAAACGUAGUGCAGCUUGUGCUCAGUGCCAUGGGAAUCCUUGCAAUCUUGGGAGUUCUUUCUCAAAAUUCCUGGAAUGAGGGUGGGAGUGAGUGAAAGCCUUUGCUCUUACUUCACCCAAACUGUACAAAGAAUAAAGUUGCAGACUGAUGAGACAGUCA